AUGAAGUUCACACCCGAACUCAUCAAGCUCUCGAUUGACCACUUUACCUUCAGGGUUCUCCUCGGCGCCCCCAGGCGGUCCUCAGCCGUCCCCAAUGCAGCAGGCACCCUAGCAGUCUACACCCAGACCUCCUACUCAUUCGAGUCGCAUUCCAAGACCAGUGAGAUCCGUGUCAUAGAUGUCGAGUCCGGCCGAUCAGCUCUCAUCACCAAUGACCCUGGCGCCAGCAACCCGCAGUGGCUGGGCGACGGCGACCUGCUAGUCUGGCUGAAGACCAAGUCCAACGGCAACACGAGCUUCAUUGUCGGCAAUGCGCGCGAGGCUGAUAUGACAUACACUGCUGGCACUGUCCCGGGCCCAGUAUCUGACUUGAAGGUUACUGUCAUCGAGCCGGGGAAGAUUGGCUUCGCGGUGACAGGCAAGGCUAACCCGGACGGGUCGUUGUUUAAUCCACACGACGUGAAGAAGCCGCACACCACCGGACGCCUGUAUACUUCUUUGUUUGUCCGGCACUGGGAUGCAUAUGUUGAGCCGCAGAAGAAUGCCAUCUGGUACGGCCUGCUGGAGCAGACGCCCCUGUCCCCAGCUCGCAGACUGGCGGGGAAGUUCUCUGUCUCGGGCCUGACGAACUUGAUCUCGGUGUCUGGCCUGGGACCGCUUGAAUCGCCAAUUCCUCCGUUCGGUGGCACUGGUGACUUCGACAUCAGCCCGUCCGCUAUUGUGUUUAUUGCUAAAGACCCGAACCUGAGCCCGGCUACCCACACUGCAUGCUCGUGUUACUACGCCCCGAUGUUCUCGUGGACUAGCAUGAGUGUGUCGGAUAUCAAGCCUUGUAAGGUGACUAGUCUGCAGGGCGCAAUGGCCUCGCCCGUUUUGUCUUCGGAUGGUAGUUCCAUUGCUCUUUUGACCAUGCGCAAGGAUGGGUAUGAGUCGGACAAGAAUCGCAUCCUCUAUGUGCCCAAUCCAUGGAACGGCGAGAUGUUUGAAGUCUUUGAGACCUCCGAUGGCAAGGGAGAAUGGGACCUGAGCCCCUCUUCCGUGUCCUUUGCUCAAGAUGAUCAGUCGUUGCUCAUCCAGGUCCAGGAAGUCGGCCGUGGAGUCCUAUAUCAGCUGUCCCUGGACGGCAUUCGAACGGCGAAGCCUGAGUCACUGAAGAAACUCACAUACGAGGGAUUCGUCAGCGAUGUUGUUCCCGCUGCAGCCAAAACAUCCAAGUUGUUCGUCUCCAGCUCCAAUCUGGUUGACAGCAGUAUAUGGUCCAUCAUCGAUCCGGCUCGCCCAGAAGAAGUUCGGGUCGUUUCGUCGAACGGCCGCGGAGGAGCUGCAUUCGGCCUUUCACCGACACAGGUAGAUGAAAUCUGGUUCAAGGGCGCCGAGGACCAUAAGGUCCACGCUUGGGUCGUCAAGCCCUCCAACUUCAAGCCGGGUGAGCGGUAUCCUCUAGCUUACCUGGUUCACGGCGGCCCCCAGGACGCAUGGAAUGACCAGUGGAGCACGCGUUGGAACCCUGCCCUUUUCGCCGAGCAGGGCUAUGUCGUGGUUACGCCCAACCCAACUGGUAGCACUGGCUACGGACAAGAUUUCACAGACGGGAUCUGCGGUGAGUGGGGUGGCCGGCCCUACGAGGAUCUCGUAAAGGGCUUCGAAUACAUCGAGCAAAACCUGCAAUACAUCGACACCACCCGGGCUGUGGCGCUCGGGGCGUCCUAUGGAGGCUACAUGAUGAACUGGAUGCAGGGCCACGCUCUAGGUCGCAAGUUUAAAGCGCUGGUUACCCAUGAUGGUGUGUUCAGUAUGACGUCGCAGCUUGCCAGCGAAGAGCAGUUCUUCCCGCUGCACGACCUCAAGGGCCCCAUUUGGAAGGUCCCCGAGCACUGGGCCAAGUGGGAUCCGUCGCGCUUCACGGAGAACUGGGCGACGCCUCACCUCAUCAUUCACAAUGAGCUAGACUACCGCCUGACUAUUGCGGAAGGUCUUGCUGCGUUUAACGUGUUGCAGAUGCGGGGGGUCGAGAGCGCCUUCUUGACGUUCCCGGAUGAGAACCAUUGGGUUUUGAACCCGGAGAACUCCUUGAUGUGGUACCACACCGUACUGAACUGGAUCAAUAAGUAUGCUGGACUUGCUCCUGUCGCGGAUGAACCCGACCUCUCCGCAGCGGUGGCCAACCUCUCCUUUUAA